CGUCGUACGGUGUGGACCUCGUGCCUGUUGUUACAUCCCAAGUAGUGUUCCUUUUAUUCUAAGUUUAAUUUCGAACAGUUGCAUUUACUUUAUUUCCAAACAAUCAAAAUGGGUAAAGAAAAGAUUCACAUUAACAUUGUCGUCAUUGGACACGUAGAUUCUGGUAAAUCUACUACUACUGGACAUUUAAUUUACAAAUGUGGUGGUAUUGACAAACGUACCAUCGAAAAGUUCGAAAAGGAAGCCCAAGAAAUGGGUAAAGGUUCAUUCAAAUAUGCCUGGGUACUUGACAAACUUAAGGCCGAGAGAGAACGUGGUAUUACAAUUGAUAUUGCUCUGUGGAAAUUCGAAACAGCUAAAUACUAUGUAACCAUCAUUGAUGCUCCUGGACACAGAGAUUUCAUUAAGAACAUGAUCACUGGUACAUCACAAGCUGACUGUGCUGUACUUAUUGUUGCAGCUGGUACUGGUGAAUUCGAAGCAGGUAUUUCAAAGAAUGGACAAACACGUGAACAUGCUCUUCUUGCAUUCACCCUUGGUGUAAAACAACUUAUUGUUGGUGUCAACAAAAUGGACUCCACUGAACCCGCAUACAGUGAAUCACGUUUUGAGGAAAUCAAGAAGGAAGUAUCCUCAUACAUCAAAAAGAUUGGUUAUAACCCAGCUGCAGUUGCAUUUGUGCCAAUCUCAGGAUGGCAUGGGGACAACAUGUUAGAAGGAUCUGACAAGAUGCCAUGGUUCAAGGGAUGGAAUAUUGAACGUAAAGAAGGUAAAGCUGAAGGAAAAUGCUUGAUUGAGGCUUUGGAUGCUAUCCUACCCCCAUCUCGUCCAACUGAGAAGCCCCUCCGUCUUCCACUCCAGGAUGUCUACAAAAUUGGUGGUAUUGGAACAGUACCUGUAGGUCGUGUUGAAACUGGUGUAUUGAAGCCUGGUAUGGUUGUAGUUUUCGCUCCAGCCAAUUUGACGACUGAAGUAAAAUCUGUUGAAAUGCAUCAUGAAGCACUCCAGGAAGCAGUACCUGGUGACAACGUUGGUUUCAACGUCAAGAACGUCUCUGUCAAAGAAUUGCGUCGUGGUUAUGUAGCUGGAGACACUAAGAACAACCCACCCAGAGGAGCUUCAGACUUCACUGCCCAAGUCAUUGUACUCAACCACCCUGGUCAAAUCUCAAAUGGAUACACCCCUGUGCUCGAUUGUCACACAGCCCACAUUGCCUGCAAAUUCGCUGAAAUCAAAGAAAAGGUUGACCGUCGUUCUGGUAAAACCACUGAAGAAAAUCCCAAAGCCAUCAAAUCUGGUGAUGCCGCCAUUGUCAACUUGGUACCCACCAAGCCCAUGUGUGUAGAAUCAUUCCAAGAAUUCCCACCCCUUGGACGUUUUGCUGUCCGUGACAUGAGGCAAACAGUUGCAGUAGGAGUCAUCAAGAGCGUUGCCUUCAAAGAUCCCAGCGCCGGAAAAGUCACAAAAGCUGCAGAAAAGGCACAAAAGAAGAAAUAGUCUGCUUGGACUCCAUUACUUAAAUAAUUUUGAUAUGUUUUGUUUCUUUUAUAUAUUAAUAUUGGAGUAUCAAUGUAUUUUUAAUAACUAAUGGACUUACUUGCAUUGCAUUAUUUGUGAUCUGUAAAUUAAACUUGGACAAAUAAAGAAAAAAAUUAACUUCUGAA